AACCCUUCCAGGUGUAUGCCGUCCCCAUGGGGGGCAUGAUGGUCCGCCAGCCCUUCUCCAUCGGCGGCUCCGGCAGCUCCUACAUCUACGGCUUCGUGGACCUUUCUUACAAGCCCGGGAUGACCAAGGAGGAAUGCCUGACCUUCACAGCCAACGCGCUCGCCCUGGCCAUGGAUCGCGACGGCUCCAGCGGGGGCGUGAUCCGCCUGGCUGCCAUCACCAAGGACGGGGUGGAGCGUAAGGUCAUUCUGGGCAACGAACUGCCCCGUUUUUCCUCCGUCUGAGGUGGGGGGAAAUGCUUGGAACGGCUUCCGUGAACGCUUGGAACGGCCUCCGUUGUUUCGUGGGGACGGGAAUGUGGGUUUUGUCGUCUUCGGGCUUUGUUUUUGGUGGGUAUUAAAGGCAGAA